UCUUCUUCCUCCAUCAUGUUCACUAAGGCUGUCGUUGCCCUCGCCCUCGUGGCCGUUGCUGCCUCUGCUCCUUCUCAGCCAGCCUAUGGCUAUGCCCCUGAGCCUGCCUAUGAGGUCCCUGCCAAGUACGACUUCAACUAUGCCGUGAAGGACGACUACUCCGGCAACGACUUCGGUCACCAGGAGGCCCGUGAUGGCUAUGACACCCAGGGAUCCUACUACGUCCUCCUUCCCGACGGUCGUCUGCAGAAGGUCGCCUACACUGUCAACGGCGACUCCGGCUACGUGGCUGAGGUCAGCUACGAGGGUGAGGCCCAGUACCCCGAGUACAAGCCAGCUCCUUACCAUCCUGAACCUGCCUACAAGCCAGCUCCUUACCAUCCUGAGCUUACAAGCCAGCUCCUUACCAUCCCGCACCUGCCUACAAGCCUGCCCCUACAGUUGCUCGAAGUAGAAGCAGUGCCAGGGAAUUGCAUUAAGUUGUUGCAGCGAACAGCGUUCAAGAGGAAAGACACAAUUGCAUAUGAACGUGAAAAUACGUGA